AUGUCGAAGGCUAUUGCAUCUACAAAGGUUUUAGUCGGGGACGAUAUCAUUCCAGCUACCAUUAUCUUUUCUAUAGAGUCAGGUAAGAUUCUCAGCAUUGAACCCAGCGUUCUCAGCGCACACGAUCCGAUCUUGAGGAGAUACAACGUGUUGCUAGACCAAUACCGUGACGUAUCACCGCUUGUGGUUAUGCCAGGGUUUGUGGACGCCCAUGUCCAUUUAAAUGAACCUGGUAGAACUGAGUGGGAAGGUUUUGCAACCGGUACCCAGGCUGCUGCCUCUGGGGGUGUCACCACGGUGAUCGACAUGCCCUUAAACGCCAUCCCUCCUACAACCACUAUCGCCAACUUCAACUUGAAGAUAGAGGCUGCAAAGGGGAAAACCUGGGUGGACGUUGGAUUCUGGGGUGGAAUGGUGCCCACCAAUUUGGCCGAUUUAAAGCCUUUAAUCUCUAUGGGUGUAAGAGGGUUCAAGGGUUUCUUGAUUGAUAGUGGUGUUGAUGAGUUCCCAGCUAUUGAUCCAAAGUAUAUAUUGAAGGCUAUGGCUGAAGUGAAGGGCUCACCAACCUUGUUGAUGUUCCAUGCUGAAAUGCAACCUCACGAAAAGAACCAUCAUGCUGUGAGUGUGGAGGAUAUGGGAUUUAACAAGACUCCUAAGUUGAUCGUACAUGAUCACCAUCCCCACAAAGAACAAGCCAAAUUCAGUUUGGAAGUCGAUGACGACUAUGGCGAAAGAGAUGACUACAGGAAUGGUACAAGCAACGGCUCCGUGGGAACUGGUAACGUCAACGGAAAAGACAUUCCACUUCCAAAGAUCACGUCCAAUGAUAUUGAAGACAUCGAUCUCGGAAUGUCUGCAUCAUUUAUUUCAAGAGCUCCACAGCCAGUUGUUGAUUUACUUUCAGCACAUCCAUCCAGAAGACACGAGGAACACGACAACUGUAAGCUCCCACACAACCAUGCCGGAUCAAUGAACCAAUCAGUAUUAACAGAUGCCCAGGCCAAGGCUUUAUCCAAAUCUCCUUUACUUGCUACCGUAGAGCCAAAGAUUGGUAAAUAUGCCAACUUGGCUAACAAAAGAAAAUCUAAUUUCGAAUCUCCUUUCCUUAAAGCAUUGGAGUUAGAACAAAAGCACAUGGAACUGAUGGAUAGUCCUCUUUUGGCAGCCCAACAGGUGGAUGUUUCUUUGGAAAACAUUGAUCCUACUCUGUACGCCUCAUUCUUGGCAUCAAGACCAGAUAACUUCGAAACAACAGCCAUUGCUGAAAUCAUUAAUUGUGCUACUAAGAUCACAGGUGUCCCCUUGCACAUUGUACAUUUAGCUACUCACGAGGCAAUCCCAUUGAUUAGAGCUGCUAAGGCCAGAAACUUACCUAUCACCGCCGAAACAUGUUUCCAUUACCUUUCAUUGACGGCUGAAAAGAUUUCCAACUGCCAUACUCACUUCAAAUGCUGUCCUCCAAUUAGAACAGACGAUAACCGUAAGUUACUUUGGAGAGCUUUGAGAAACGGUUUAAUCACCACAGUUGUAUCUGACCACUCCCCGUGUACACCAGAUUUAAAAGGUUUGGAAAAGGGAGACUUCUUCUCUGCCUGGGGUGGAAUCUCCUCAGUUGGAUUCGGCUUACCAAUUAUGUACACGGAAGGUCGUAAGUUGAAUCCUCCAAUCACCAUUGCUGAAAUCUCAAGAUGGUGUUCCUGGAAUACCUCAAAGCAAGUCGGAUUGUCCCAUACCAAGGGGAAAAUUGCAGUUGGAUAUGAUGCAGAUUUACUUAUCUUCGAUCCUACUGCCGAGUACAUUGUUGCUAACAACAAGACCUACUUCAAGAACAAAUUAACUGCCUACGACGGACUGAAGUUUACAGGUAGGGUCAUGGAGACUGUAGUUAGAGGGAAGUCAGUCUUCGAAUAUGGAAAGGGUCAUUCAGACAUUGCUAUGGGUAAGCUUAUACUUGAACCAAGGGUCGAUUAA